GUAGAAGAAGCUAGUAAAAUUUCCAGAAAUGCAUGUGUUUCACCCUGUUCUCUUGUCUUGGCCUUAUUGUACUUAGAAAGAUUAAAAGAUUGUAAUCCAGAAUACCUUCAACAAGUGACAAUUUCUGAGCUUUUUCUUGUUUCCUUGAUGGUGGCUAGUAAAUUUUUAAAUGAUGAAGGAGAAGAUGAUGAAGUCUUUAAUACUGAAUGGGCACAAUCAGGUGAUCUAACUAUAUUGCAAAUAAAUCAAUUAGAAAAAGACUUUCUCAAGGCUAUUGAUUGGACUGUUUUUGUUCAUAAUCAAGAUUUUUGGGAUAGACUACAGAAAUUAGAAAAAGAUAUAGCUUAUAAAGAAGCACAAAAAAGGGGCUGGUUUUCAUAUACAGAAUUAAGUUGCCUAAUGAAUUCGAUGCAAUUAAUAGCAAUAGCUCAUGCUGUGGUAAACAUAUCAACUGUUUGUUUGGCAACAUAUGCUGCAGGGAUAGUUACUCUUUUAGGUUCUGCCUUAGUUGCAAGUUAUCUCCCAGGAACAGUACUUAGUCCAAGGCAAACAACUAAUACAACAGAUCUUAUAAAAACAGAUUUUAAUCCAGUAAUGGAUGUAACAUCGCCUAUUGAAACUUUACCAGAAAAUAUUUUAACAGCAGAUUUUAUACCUACUCCUUUAAGUUGCAAUCAAUCUCAACAAAAUUGUGAACAUAUUAAAAUAAAUCAGACUGCUGAUGUAAAUUGGAGAUGGUGGUUAAAUUCUAUGAUGAUUUGGUUACCACAAUAUUCAAGUUUGGAGUCAAAAAAAAUAUUGUGUACAGUAAAUGAUAAAACUGAAUAUGCUGAUACAUCAAUAGCAACAAAAUUUGUAUUUCAUGUUACUAUAUCAAAUGAACCUUUAAUAUAA